AUGAGUGAUACUUCUGAAGAUGCUGUGUCAUCUUCUAGAGAUGACAAUUUGAAUUCGAAGCAGGAAUUAAGUGAGUCUCAGCAGAAUGGAAACUCAGACUAUUUUUCCAACGUGCUUUUUACCGAUCUUGAAAUUUCUGAGCCCAUUUUGAGGGCUUUGGCUGAACACGAGUUUGUCAAAACAACUGAGAUUCAAGCUAAGUGUAUUCCCCCGCUUUUGCAGGGCAAGGACGUUUUGGGAAAGGCGAAAACAGGCUCUGGAAAGACGCUCGCCUUCCUGAUUCCACUGGCAGAAGUCCUGUUUCAGGUUAAAUUUAUGCCGAGAAAUGGCACCGGCGGCCUCAUCAUCUCCCCAACGAGGGAGCUUAGCCUUCAGAUAUUCGAAGUUGCGAAGGACGUCUGCAAAUAUCUGCCUCAGACUCUGGGCCUGGUCAUGGGAGGCGCCAACAGGAAGCAGGAGGCCGACAAGCUCGUCAGAGGCGUGAAUAUUUUAAUCGCAACCCCCGGCCGUCUACUCGACCACAUGCAGAACACCAAGGGGUUCAUCUACAAGAACCUGCUCGUCUUUGUCAUUGACGAGGCCGAUAGGAUCCUAGAAAUUGGAUUUGAGGAGGAGAUUAACCAAAUUAUUAAAAUGUUGCCGAAAAACAGGCAAACUUCGCUCUUUUCAGCCACUCACACUUCAAACGUCGACGACCUCGCUCGUUUGUCUCUGAAAUCGCCUGUUUUCCUCCAGGCAUCUGCUGACGAUAGCGCCACUGUGGUCGGUUUGGAACAGGGUUACGUUGUUUGCGAGGCUGAGAACAGAUUCAUGUUGCUCUUCACGUUUUUGAAGAAGAACCUCGACAAGAAGAUAAUGGUUUUCUUCAGCAGCUGCAACUCCGUCAAGUUCCACGACGAGCUUCUCAACUACGUUGACAUACCUGUCAAGUCCAUUCAUGGGCGCAAGAAACAAUCGCACCGACUCACCACCUAUUACUCGUUCUGCAAGGCCACCAAAGGCUUUUUGCUUUGUACUGAUGUUGCUGCAAGGGGUCUCGAUAUUCCCAAGGUCGAUUGGAUUGUUCAGUACGACCCUCCUGAUGACCCUAAGGACUACAUUCACCGUGUCGGGAGGACUGCUCGUGGCGCUGACGGCAAGGGCAAGGCCAUUCUGUUUCUGAUGCCCGAGGAGCUCGGCUUUCUCCACUACCUCAAGUCCAUGAACGUGAAGAUAAGCAAGUACGACUUCAACCUCAGCAAGAUUGCUAACGUGCAGAUGCAGUUGGAGAAGCUGAUUGAGAAGAACUACUACUUGAACAGCUCCUCAAAGCAGGCUUACCGCUCGUACCUCCACGCCUACAUGUCUCACAGUCUCAAGAACAUCUUCAACGUUCACUCGCUCGACUUGAAGCGUGUCGCUCGGGCUUUCGGGUUCUCCGUCCCACCCAAGGUCGACCUAAACACCAAGCCUUCCAACCGUAGCAAGAGCCGUCUCAUGAAGCGGCAUCCGCACAAGAGGGAUAAUUAA